UGCCCUUAUACUUUUGGUGUCACUUUUGACUGAUAACCUAAUCUCCCAAAAGGCAAAAACCUCUUUCCAGUUUUCUCAGUAAAUCGACAGUUCCUAUGCCCUCAGUUCUGUAUAAAUAACGAGUCUGUAACGUAGUGUUAACUCAAAUAAGACUCUAGGCUUCACACAACAGAAGGCUGAAGGGUGAAGACAAGAAGAUGGAGGCUUAUAACGGCUAUGUAAAGCCGAAGUGCAACUGCUUCUUCUUAGGCCUUCUGUUCUUACUACUAGCUCUGAUGGGUUCUUUUGCAAAUGCAAAGACUCACCACCGCAACUUUGUUGUACAACAAACUCCAGAGAACAGACUCUGCAGAAUCCACAAUAUACUCACCGUUAAUGGUCAGUAUCCGGGGCCCACAUUGCAAGUCAAUAAUGGAGACACACUUGUUGUCAAAGUCCUGAACAGUGGCCGCUACAACGUCACCAUCCACUGGCAUGGAAUUCGCCAGAUGAGAACACCAUGGGCAGAUGGCCCCGAGUACGUGACUCAGUGUCCAAUCCAGCCAGGAGCAAGUUACACAUACCGGUUCCCAAUUGAAAAUCAGGAGGGAACCUUCUGGUGGCAUGCUCACAGCAGAUUUCUUAGAGCUACUGUUCACGGAGCACUGAUAGUCUUACCUAAAUUGGGCUCCUCAUACCCCUUCCCAAAACCCAAGCAUGAAAUCCCUGUUAUUCUAGGAGAAUGGUGGAACAGGGAUGUUAUUAGUGUCCAAAGACUAGCAAUUUUCACGGGGGGAGCACCCAAUGUGUCCGAUGCAUACACCAUAAAUGGUCAACCGGGUGAUCUAUACAUAUGUUCCAGCAAAGGUACCACAAGAUUCCCUGUGCAGUCAGGGGAUACAAUUCUCCUCAGAGUCAUCAACGCUGCACUCAAUCAACAACUCUUCUUCAAGGUGGCAAACCACAGACUCACCGUUGUGGAAGCCGACGCCGCCUAUACCAAGCCCUUCACCACCUCCACCAUCAUGUUGGGACCCGGUCAGACGACCAAUGUCCUUCUCACUGCCGAUCAGACACCUGGACGCUACUACAUGGCAGCUCGUGCCUACGCUACUGCCCAGAAUGCGCCGUUUGACAAUACCACCACAACUGCAAUCCUUGAAUAUCAAUCUGCCAAAAGGGGGGUUCCCUCAAGACCGAUCUUACCACGGUUACCCGCCUUCAACGACACGGCGACCGUGACGGCAUUCUCGGCACAAUUAAAAAGUUUCGGCAAGGUUGCAGUCCCGACCAAGAUUGACAAGAACUUGUUUUUCACAAUUGGGUUAGGGUUUGUCAACUGCGCUCCUGGACCCCGAUGCCAAGGGCCUAACAAUACUCGUUUUGCUGCCAGCAUGAACAAUGUGUCAUUUGUGUUGCCAAGAAGGGCCUCUUUACUCCAAGCGUAUUACCAAAACAUACCCGGUAUCUUCACAACAGACUUCCCACCUGUGCCGCCGAUAAAAUUCAACUACACGGGCACCGUGAGUCGUGCACUGUGGCAACCUAGGUUUGGGACUAAGCUCUAUAAACUAAAGUUCGGAUCCACGGUACAAAUUGUGCUUCAAGAUACAGGUAUCUUCUCAACAGAAGACCACCCUAUACAUCUCCAUGGAUACCACUUCUUUGUUGUCGGACAAGGAUUUGGUAACUUUAAUCGUAGAAGAGAUACACCAUCAUUUAACCUCAUUGAUCCACCUGUACGAAAUACUAUUGACGUCCCUGUUGGCGGAUGGGCAGUAAUCCGGUUUGUUGCUGAUAAUCCGGGAGUUUGGUUAUUUCACUGUCACAUAGACACUCAUCUCGCCUGGGGUCUGGCUAUGUCAUUCCUGGUUGAAAAUGGUAUAGGGAAAUUGCAGUCCGUAUCACCCCCUCCAGCCGAUCUGCCUCCAUGCUAAGACAUUGAUCAACAGAGCAAAAUUGUUUCCACAAAUAAGAAGAUGUUCUCACUAGUCACUAGUUUUAUGAAAGUUUUGCUUAUUCUUGAUCUCCAAUGUUUGGAGAACAUCAUGCAUCUAGGUCACCUGCAAUUGCCUUUGCAGCCUACUGCAGCAUUUUUCUCUUUUGUUGGUUUUGCUGGAUUGUUACCAAGAAUUCGAUUCUAUGUUUCCAUUGAAUAAUGUAUGUCACGGAGUUUAAUCUUCAAGGUUGUUUUAGAUCUGCA